AAAUAGCCAGUGACCAUUUGCAAGCCUCCUAGGUAUAUUCCCAGCAGACACGUUAUCAGAUUAAAGGAAGUGCAAACAAACUGGGCUGAAAGUUUCUUUGUCCAAACCCAGCCUCUUCUUCCUGUGAUGUCAUAUUACAAAUCUAGGAAGCCUUUCUUUUUCACUUCAGAGAAAGCGACCUCAAGAUACAGCUGGCAACUGAGGAAAAGGCCUCAAUUCAGCAAGAGCUAACAAGCUUGGGAAUUUAUUUCGGAAUCUUUAAAAGACUCUUCUGCUUACCCACCAUCUGGGAUCCACUGCAGGAAAACAAAAAAGGAAAACUUCAUUUAAAAGAAGCAAGAAGUAAAAUGGGACAAAUUGGGAAUGUUUAAGUCUCUGAAACUGCACUGAAAAGAAAAUAAGAUUGACAACUUAAGCUUAACAUUCUGAGGCAUAAAGAAACAUUAACUUUGGAGUAUUCAUCUUGACUACUGAAAUACAAGUUUAGAAGACAAGUGGUUUCAUUCUGGUCACAGAUCACAGCUUUUCUUUAAAUUUAUAAUCCUAUGGGUUGGCCUCGUUGACUGUAUUUUUUAAAGGUUGCUCGUCAGUUAACUGAGCCUUGGAAUUCAUGGAUUUUCUAAAGACUAACAAAUGAAAAUAUUUUCCUGUUGAAGAACCCAGCGGAAAUUUUACAGCAACAAAUUUCAUGUUUCUUUUGGAUAUUUCUGAGAAAAAGGAAAUAUUUAUAAAACCAUCCAAAGAUCCAGAUAAUUUGCAAAUAAAUUGGAGGUUAUAGAGGUUAUAAUCUGAAUACCAAAGGAGACUGCAGCUGAUGAAAGUGCUUCCAAACUGAAAAUUGGACGUGCCUUUACGAUGGUAAGCGUUAACAGCUCCCACUGCUUCUAUAAUGACUCCUUUAAGUACACUUUGUAUGGGUGCAUGUUCAGCAUGGUGUUUGUGCUUGGGUUAAUAUCCAAUUGUGUUGCCAUAUACAUUUUCAUCUGCGUCCUCAAAGUCCGAAAUGAAACUACAACUUACAUGAUUAACUUGGCAAUGUCAGACUUGCUUUUUGUUUUUACUUUACCCUUCAGGAUUUUUUACUUCACAACACGGAAUUGGCCAUUUGGAGAUUUACUUUGUAAGAUUUCUGUGAUGCUGUUUUAUACCAACAUGUACGGAAGCAUUCUGUUCUUAACCUGUAUUAGUGUAGAUCGAUUUCUGGCAAUUGUCUACCCAUUUAAGUCAAAGACUCUAAGAACCAAAAGAAAUGCAAAGAUUGUUUGCAUUGGCGUGUGGUUAACUGUGAUCGGAGGAAGUGCACCCGCCGUUUUUGUUCAGUCUACCCACUCUCAGGGUAACAAUGCCUCAGAAGCCUGCUUUGAAAAUUUUCCAGAAGCCACAUGGAAAACAUAUCUCUCAAGGAUUGUAAUUUUCAUCGAAAUAGUGGGAUUUUUUAUUCCUCUGAUUUUAAAUGUAACUUGUUCUAGUAUGGUGCUAAAAACUUUAACUAAACCUGUUACAUUAAGUAGAAGCAAAAUAAACAAAACUAAGGUUUUAAAAAUGAUUUUUGUACAUUUGAUCAUAUUCUGUUUCUGUUUUGUUCCUUACAAUAUCAAUCUUAUUUUAUAUUCUCUUGUGAGAACACAAACAUUUGUUAAUUGCUCAGUAGUGGCAGCAGUAAGGACAAUGUACCCAAUCACUCUCUGUAUUGCUGUUUCAAACUGUUGUUUUGAUCCUAUAGUUUACUACUUUACAUCGGACACAAUUCAGAAUUCAAUAAAAAUGAAAAACUGGUCUGUCAGGAGAAGUGACUUCAGAUUCUCUGAAGUUCAUGGUGCAGAGAAUUUUAUUCAGCAUAACCUACAGACCUUAAAAAGUAAGAUAUUUGACAAUGAAUCUGCUGCCUGAAAUAAAACCAUUAGGACUCACUGGGACAGAACUUUCAAGUUCCUUCAACUGUGAAAAGUGUCUUUUUGGACAAACUAUUUUUCCACCUCCAAAAGAAAUUAACACAUGGACAUUUUAAAGUCUUUAGUAUAAAGAAAAUUUGUAUUCAAUGUGUUAAGCAUUAACAUGUAUUUUAUUUGUGUAUCCACUCCAUCUGAUUUUUCUGAGCCAUUUUGAUUUGUUCCUUCAUUAAAAAAAUCUCUUAAAGUUA